CAGCUCCCGCCCCUCCUCGCGAGCCUUAAGUGUGUAGACGGACUGGUUUUAUCCAGCUUCUUCAGACGCAGGCUGGUCAAUUUCUACAUUUCUUCUCCUCACACUAAGACCGAGUUCACCAAAGACCAUGAACAGUUUAAUUAGAGCUACUGCGAGGUGUCUGCGGUCCGGGGCGGCGGUCUGUCUGCCCAGACAGACCAACGGACGCGUGUGGUCGGCCCCGGCCCGGUUCCUGUGCGCGGCGGCGGACAGGAAAGACCUUGGUGAGAUGGUGAAGAAGGACAAAGUGGUGGUGUUCAUGAAGGGGACGCCGGCACAGCCCAUGUGUGGCUUCAGUAACGCCGUGGUUCAGAUCCUGCGGAUGCAUGGGGUGGAGGACUAUGCUGCGUACAACGUGCUGGAGGACCAGGAGCUCAGACAAGGAGUUAAGGACUUCUCCAACUGGCCCACGAUCCCUCAAGUGUACUUCAACGGCGAGUUUGUCGGAGGCUGCGACAUCCUGCUCCAGAUGCACCAGAAUGGAGACCUGGUGGAGGAGUUGAACAAGCUGGGCAUCAGCUCUGCACUGCUGAACGCUGAAAAAGAAUCCAAGUAGAGGAAGAGGACAAACUUCAAACAGCUGACAAGACAGAGGACACAUUUAUCAGGUUGAUCCCCCCCCUCCGGCUCAGAUAUUCGCAGAUUAAUCAACUCUAUAGGCAGCCACGGGCAAAAGACCCACCCUUCUGGCCAAUAAGUCAGAGCAGAAAUGUGACAGGUGUAAGCAGCUUUAGUGGCAGCACUGUAUCUUGAGUCAUGAACAUUUGUGUUUAACCAUGUUCCAUAUCUAUGAACAGAGCAAACGGAGCUCCUGCUGUACUCCUUUAUACUAGAUUCAGGUCCUCUAAGUUUGCACAGAUCAUGUAGCUGCCUUUUAAUAAAAACAAAUAAAAAAAGAGACAGUGUCUUUACAGAUCCAAAAUCAGUUUUAGCUAACCCUCUACCCAUAUUUCUCAUAUUCUCGUCAUAGCUGUGGUAGCGAUCUUUGGCCAUUUGGGGGUGGGGGGGGGGGGGCAGUGGAGACAACACAAUGCUUUACAACCUUUUUAAAGUUGAUUCUGUUAGCAGUUAGCGUUCAUUUGGAGUUGCGUUUCUGGUCACCUGAUGGAUAUAAUACAACGUUUACUCUCCUUCGUGCUCCCUUUUGAUUUCCAUCAGCUUCUGAGAAAAACUCUCUUUAGCUGCUCAAUGCUCCACUGUGUCUACAAGCUAGUUGCUAACUUUCUCUGUCUGCUAUCUGGUGCUAGGCAGGUUAGCGUACACUGUGUUCAUCAAAGGUUUUUUGCUGACAGCUGCCUCCUGUAGCCAAAAAACAAGUGAACCAAAAUGAUAACCAGAAGGGCUGGAAAUGAACUGAUAGAUGCAACCAAGCUGUAUAUUACUGAGGGAAACUGCAGUCCGGUAUUUAACCUCUUUCACAUUACACAUUGAUCCACUGAUUAUAGCAGCUUUAAGAUUUCCCUGUCACUCAAGGAAAAACUCUGAUAUUUGACCUCUAUCUCCUACAUUUUAAAUACUUUUCUAUCACAUCUUGAUUCACCAACUUAAAUACUCUCCUUUUAAAAAAAAAAAAAAAAAAAAAAAGAAAAACUCAUUAAAAAUCCACACCAGCAUGGUUGUUGAAAUCAGGCUUUUUGUGAUAAAUACAGUAAUGAACGUCUGACAACACUUCCCAUCGAGGUUGGACUUCUACUGCCAAAGGGAGACUGUACGUUCCCUCCCUGUGUUUUAAUUUACACAAAAAAGCCCUCUGAUAACCCUGCUACCUCUACUGUCCACCUUCUGUCCCCCAGCCACAGGCUGUGUAAGACCAAAUGAGCCGAGGUUAAGAUCUUUGCAACGCUGCUUGGGUCGCUCUAGGAAAAGAUGUCAUCAUACUGGAAACCUUCCAAAUGCACUGCCUGUGACUACAGUAUACUAGAAGGAAGAACAAAGAGGGGACAGGGCUGAUGUUAGGGGUUCAUGGUAAUAUAAAGAUGUUUAAUAUCAGGCUAAUUACAUUUCUGUUACACAUUUCCUUUUGUAGUGGAGGUGACUGAAGACACGAACCCUGCCUCACAGACGUUGUUACACUAUCAUUAUUAUGACUCUGAUGGAACCAACACCACGUCCCCUACUUGUUCUUCCUGCCAGGAACCACAUUGUGUACGUGUCCGCUCUGUUCGAUUGUCGACACCCGCUGAAACGCAACAAACACACCGUGAUACCUUUUCUCUUUUUCUUGAGAACGACUCAUUUACAGCACAUUUGGACAGCAGUUAUAUUUAAAAGUUAGUUGCAUUUGUCCGAGUCUGUAGUAUUUGUUGAUUUGUCACUGAAGAAAAAGUGGUUUUAUUUUUAUUUUGAGGGGUGGGGAGUUUGUUUGUUUUUGAGUUCUCACUGAGCCCCUGAUAUGUAUGAAUCCUAGAUGUUCUUCCUGCUGCACACAGUUGUAUUAUCAAAGCAAUGGUCAUGAGGUACACUGUAAGAUAUUGUACAUUAAAAGCAUAUUAUUAAAUGUAUUUUAGCUGCAUGUAAACCCUGCGCCAAUUAAAUAUUUUGUGACACAAACAACAA